UCACUAACUUUGUGUCGCCCUCGUUGCCCUGAAGUGAGAUACGCAAUCACUUACGGCCUUGGGCUUGAGCUUUUGGUAUAAAAGACUGACCAAGUUCGUUUUCAUUCAUCAGUUCUUUUGCAGAACGAACCAGUACACACCUUCAAUCAACAUGAACAAGCUCGUUCUUCUGGCCACAUUGUUUGCUUCGGUUAUGGCUGCCGAUGUUCCAGCAUAUUCUAAGCCGUCGUACCCAGCUCCGGCUCCUUAUCCGAUUCCAGCUCCAGCUUAUCCAGCCACAGCUCCAGCAUACCCUGCCUCAGCUCCAGCAUACCCUGCCUCAGCUCCAGCUUAUCCGCAACCAGCCCCGGCUUACCCAAAACCAGCCUACGAAGAGCCAGCAGACAGCAAGCCUGCUGAAGAAGAUUAUCCACCGAUGCCAUUCAGCUUCGCCUACGAAGUUAAGGAUGAUCCUACUUACCAGGACUUUUUACACAAAGAAUCCAGCGACGGCAAAGUCGUCACAGGAUCUUAUCGCGUCGCUCUCCCCGAUGGUCGCACCCAAAUUGUCACCUACAAGGCUGACGAAAACGGAUAUGUGGCUGACGUGAAGUACGAGGGAGAAGCCAAGUACGAGGAAUACAAACCCGCCUACAAGCCCGCCUACACCACUGAGUCUGCCUACUCAACUGAAGCUACCUACGUUACUGAAUCAGCUUACUCCAAACCCGCUUAUUCUGAGCCCACCUACUCUAAGCCAGCCUACACUGAGCCAGCUUAUUCUAAGCAAGCCUACGCCGAGCCGACUUACUCUAAACCAGCUUACACCGAGCCGACUUACUCUAAACCAGCUUACACCGAGCCGGCCUAUUCCAAACCCACUUACACUGAACCGGCUUACGCUAAACCCACCUACACUGAGCCCGCUUACCCCGAACCUGUCUACAGCAAGUCUGCUUACGCCGAGCCUGCUUACGCAAAGCCCGCCUACCCUGAAUCAACCUAUCCCAGAAAACCCGCAUAUUAAAUAAGGACGUAUGACUUCAGUAUUGUUUCCUGGUUGAACAAAGGAAUCGCGAAAGCAACGGAUUUCGAACAACUGCGCGUUUUCAGAGCAGACCCGUCUCUUUUUUUGUAAUCAUUUCACGAGAUGGAUUUGUAAUAUAUUAGACGUAACUAUUUUCAAUGGAAUAAAAAAAACUCGUUGAAUGUA